AUGUUGGCUUUAUCUCCUUCUCUAUGUUCAACGGGUUGGCCCUUGGAGGAUUAUCCCAUGAGCCACGUCUAUAACAACUAUUUCUCUGCAGAAUCAUCGCUUCUUCAUUUUCCUACGACUCUACAACCCCAAUUUGAUCAGGUUGAUGAUCACUCCACGCCAGCCACCGCAAUCAGUGGCGAGUCCGACAUUUCUUCAACGGUAAAUAAGAAGCUUAACCACAAUGUCAGUGAACGUGACCGCCGGAAGAAGAUCAACAACUUGUACGCAUCACUCCGUUCACUUGUUCCUGCUGAUCAAGCGAAAAGAUUAAGCAUUCCGGCCACAGUUUCACGGGUGCUGAAAUACAUUCCAGAGCUCCAGCAGCUAUUGGAAAAAUUAGGUCAAAAACGAGAGCAGCUUUUGUCGAAAAUAUCUAAGCAAGAUAACAUUAUAUCACAGAAGGAACAGGAAGUAAAAAACACAGCUCGGAGAAGUCCAAGCUCAUUAUCUGUUGUUUCAACAACUCGUCUUUGUGACAGUGAAGUUUCCAUUCAAAUAUCUACGGUUAAGCCCUCUCACAAUUUCCUAUCUCGAAUUUUACAAAGUCUGGAGGAGGAUGGGCUGGAAUUACUGAAUGCUUCUUCCUUUCAGUCAUCUGGAGGGAGGGUCUUUUAUAAUUUACAUCUCCGGGUAGACAUGCUCUUUAAGAUGGAUUGCGACAUUUUAAGAGAGAAGCUCAUGUCCUGUGCAUGAGAAAAAGUAAUUCUAGAGGUUUUUCUAAUGAUUAAUGUGUUACCACUUACGUACU